AUGUCCACCGAUGAAGAAAUUCCGGCCGUUUCGAAUGUUGAAAAUGCAAAAAUUUCCGAUGGCGCAAGUACUGCUGGUGAUUAUAAUACGGACAUAGUCGACGAACAAUCGGCGGUAGAAGAAAUAAAUCAACCGGAUGAUGAAAUUGUAAAAGAAACUAAUAAACAGGAUCUAGAAGAAAUUGAGAAUAAUUAUUCAAAAGAAGAAGAAGAACGAAAUGACACUCCUGUAUCUUCAACAGCGAAUAGAAAAACUAAAGUUCUUGAUACAACAUCAGAUCAAAAUAAUGAGGACGAUAGCGAGUUACCUAGCGAAGAAUUAACUGUUGUUUAG